CUCAUUCUAGAAAUUCAUUCUGCUGCAGCUGCUAUAUCCUAUAGCUGGGGGGGGGGGGGGGUUUCCCUGCAUCCUGAUAUUCUGAACUUUUUCUUUUCAGGCUACGAAGAGACUUUGACUCACCUCGCUGCCAUUUUAGCCAAGCACUUUGCUGAUUCAAGGAUUGUGGGAACUGACAUCAGAGACUCCCUAAUGCAGGCAUUGGCCAGCUAUGUUUGCUACCCACACUCACUCCGUGCUGUAGAGAGGAUUCCAGAACUGCAGCGAAUAUCCAUGAUGAAGAACCUGCUGGCCCCCUACGAGCAAAGACCCUGGGCCCAGACCAACUGGAUCCUUGUACGACUGUGGCGAGGCUGUGGAUUUGGAUACAGGUACACACGGCUUCCUCACCUCCUGAAAACCAAGCCAGAAGAUGCCAAUCUCCCCAGCUUGCAGAAGCCUUGUCCCUCCACCCUGCUGCAGCGACACAUGGCGGACCUGCUGCGGAGUGACCGUGAAAUGGCACCCAGUUUCCUCAACAGUGUGCUUAACCAGCUGAACUGGGCCUUCUCAGAGUUCAUUGGCAUGAUUCAGGAGAUCCAGCAAGCUGCAGAGCGCCUGGAAAGAAACUUUGUAGACAGUCGCCAGUUGAAGGUGUGUGCAACGUGCUUUGACCUGUCAGUGAGCCUGCUCAGGGUCUUGGAAAUGACGGUCACACUGGCUCCUGAGAUCUUCCUGGACUGGAGUCGCCCCUCAUCAGAGCUAUUACUCAGGAGACUUGCACAGCUGCUAAAUCAGGUGCUGAAUCGUGUGACAGCUGAGCGGAACUUGUUUGACAGAGUGGUCAAUCUUCGUCUGCCAGGACUGGAGAGCGUAGAUCACUAUCCAAUCCUUGUGGCUGUGACAGGAAUUCUGGUCCGGCUGCUUGUUGAUACUGACUUCCAAGGGUAAGUGCUGCUUAAUUCCACGCCAU